AAAACACCCUCUGGAAAGUUCUUUGAGUUUCCCUGUUACCGCUGGAUAAAAGAUAGUGAAUUGAUUAUCAGAGAGGGCAGUGCUCGACUGCCUCAGGAUGAAACUGAAUGGCUUCAAGAGCAAAGACAAAAGGAACUGAAAUCUAGAAGGAAAAUAUUCAGAUGGAAUCAGUGGUGCCCGGGCUUCCCUAAAAACAUGGAUAGUGAACAGAAUGCUCUUCAUCCAGAUAUUCAGUUUGACAAAGAAAAACAUUCACAAUUUACUUGGAAUUCAAUUUAAGUGUUUAUCAAAAACAUCUUGGACAUGUCUAAAGGGUACAUUCAGCCCUGGGAAGAUAUAGACCAUUUUGAACAGAUAUUGACACGUUAUUGCCUCGAUAACACUCUACUAGAGAACGUGAUCCAAGACUGGAAUACGGAUUACAUGUUUGGCUAUCAGUUUUUGAAUGGCUGCAAUCCUGUUAUGAUCAGCAAGUGUGUGGAACUUCCAGACAACUUUCCAGUCACACAUGAGAUGGUGGAGGGCUCUCUGCAGAGAGGUCUUACGCUAGAAGAGGAAUUAAAGGCAGGAAACAUCUACAUAGCAAAUUAUAAAAUCUUGGAUGGAUUGCAAGCCAAAAAGUCAAGCUAUUUGACUGCACCCAUCUGUCUACUGUACAACAAUAGACUGAACCAAAUUGUGCCAAUUGCCAUUAAGUUGACACAGCAAAUUCAAAAACCAGAGGAAAACAACCCCAUCCCAAUCUUUCUCCCAAGCGAUAAUGAAUACGACUGGAUGCUUGCCAAGAUGUGGGUAAAAUCUGCUGAUUUUAAUGUACACCAGCUGGUCACACACCUUCUCAAGACACACCUGAUCUUAGAGGUGUUUGAAGUAGCCCUUCACAGACAGCUCUCUGCAGUCCACCCUAUAUACAAGUUACUGAUGCCUCAUGUCCGUUUCACAAUUGCAAUCAACGCAGAGGCCCGUAAAAAUUCUCAUCAGUCAAGACUGGAUCUUCAUCAAGGUAGAUUUAACAACCUAAUUUAAUAUAUCC